GGUUGACAUGGAUUUUUCUCGUUUCACCGCUAAUGUGUGUGUGUGGGUGAUGAUGAUGAUAAAUGAAUGAAUGAAUGAUGCUAAGAUUCUGUUUUUUUAAGAAAAAGGAAAUCCUUCAUUUUCAAGAUUUGAUGCAGUGAACGACGACCACGAGAAUUCUUUCGAUAUAUUCUUCUCGUUGUGUGUGUGUGUGUGUGCUGUGAGAUAAUAUUUGUUCUUCUCUUCAGUCAUCGAAGAAAAUCAUCAUCUGGGUUUUUGAUUAGUGUGUGUGUGAAAACUAUUGGACAUGACAAAUCAAUAAUGAUAUAUGGGUGAAUAUUGUUGAACAACAACAACAAACAAACAAAAUGUCUUAUCGGUCAUAUAAGGCAUCUGCAUCAUCAUCAUCAUAUCGUUAUAGUAGUGGUAAUGAGGGACUUGGAACAAGUUCAACAUCAUCAUCUAGAUUUCGAACAUCAUUAACAUCAUCCAGUGUCGGUGGUGAUGAUGAUUUUGGAACAUAUUCAACACGUCGAAUAUCAUCAUCCACCAAUUAUGAACCAUCAUCAUCACUAUCAAUACGUCAAUUAGAUGACGAUAUUGGUACAUCAUCAUCGAGACGAUCAUACCAAUCAUCAAGACUGAUCAGUAAGGAUUAUGAUGAUCCAUCAAUAUCAUCAACAAGUCGUUAUUCAUCCAAUAAAUAUAAAAUAACCAGCAUCGAUGAUGAUGAUGAUGAUGAUCUGAGUAGCCGCAUGACUAGCCGUAAAUAUUCACGCUAUAGUAGCCGUGAUGAGGCGGAAGGUCUUCAAUCGGCUACCACCAGUCGUAUAUCCCGAUAUUCUAGUUUAGAACAAACCGGUGGUGAUGAUGAUUAUGGGUUAUCAUCAUCGACAACAACAAGACGUCGAACAAAACUUAGCUACCUUGAUGAUGAUGAUGAUCACGAUGAUCUUGAUGAUUAUAAAAGCUCAACCACAAGAAAAUCAUUUCGACCGUCAUUAAGUUAUGAUAUUCGAACACCAUCGACCGAUGAUAUCGAUUAUAAUCGAUUGUCAUCAUAUUCCGAUAGACGACGUAGUGCUGCUACCACUACUACCGGUACUAUGAAUCGCUCAUUAUCCAGAAUGGAUUCGAAAGAGGCUCAAAUAUAUGAAGUAAUAUUGGAUUAUAAACCACCCCGUAGUGCAACCGACGAAAUCUGUUUAAAAGAAGGACAAAAUGUUAUUGUCCUAAGCAAGGAUAAGCCACACAAAUGGAAAGUGAGAACAAGAAAAAGUGAAAAAUUUCCCAAAAUUGAGGAAGGUUUUGCACCAUCAGCCUAUUUGAAACCAACAGCCGAAAAGCUUGAUCAAAAUGAACAAGCUGCAUUACAGUUGCAACAACAAACAUCAAUAACCGAGUCGGAAAAAGCUUCGACAAAAUCCUCUGAUCAAACAAAUAAAGAUUUAAAUAAGAAAAAAGACAUGAUUGUCCGCGAACUAAUCGAAACUGAAGAAGAUCUAAUCCGUGAUAUGCAAUUUGUUGUGCGGACCUAUAUACGACAAUCAGAUUCAUCAAUAACACCGAAAGAAAUCCGUUCGGUUAAAGAUCAAAUAUUUGAUUGUUAUAAAGAAAUAUUGGAAUUUCAUAAGGAUAUUUUGCUGAAAAAUUUUCAAACAUUAUCGAAGGAACCGGGUAAAAUCGGAAAAUUGUUCAUUCGAAUGCAACCAAAUUUUUCGAAUCAUUCAAAAUAUUGUCGAAAUCUACCAAAAGCCUUGGAAAUAUUGGAUGAGAAUUCGGAUGUUGCUGAAUAUUUUAAUAAUUAUUCAGUCAAGAUAAGGGAUGAAAAGCCUUUGUCUGAUCGCUUAAAACUACCAUUACAACGUUUGAAUGAUUAUCAGCUAUUAUUAAAGGAAUUAUCGAAAAAUUUAUCGCGUUUAGAUGAAGAUGUUGGCGAUUUGGAAAAAGCAAUCAAAUUGAUUGCAGCAAUACCAGAUGCUGAUAUUGAUGAUGAAGACAAUGAUGAUUCGAAAAAACCAAUCGACACAACAACAUUGGAUAAAAACAUUAAUGAUUUCAAUCUACCAACUGGUUCAUCAGAAAAAUUAUCCAAUCUUUUGAAAAAUGUUUUACAGGCCAAAGACUUUUUCGAUGUAAUCGAUACCGAUGGUAACGUACGUGAACGAUUUAUUUUCUUUUUCAAAUCGCGUAUGUUUAUAACCGAAAUCAAUAAAAAUCUAUCAGCCGAUCAACGAACAUAUAAUGUUGAAAAAAUUAUCAAGUUACCACAAGUGGAUAUCAGUGAUGAAGAUGCCAACACAUUGAUAAUCAAAUCAAAAGAUACGACCGAUACGAAUUUCCCGAUACGAUUACGAUGUCAAGAUCAGGAACGAAUAAAAUCCUGGUUAAAAAUGAUUAAUUCUUUACCAAAAAACGAAGAAGAAUGUUUGGAUGAUCAAUUGAAAUUGCCUUUCCUCACUCAAUCGACGAAACAGGAACCAUUGCUCAAAUCAACCAAUUCCAUUGAUGAAAAUAAUAAUAAAAUUCUUGAAGAAAAACUUAAAGAAAUGGAAACCGAACCAGAAAAACGUCAGGCACCACCGGUACAAGAAGUGAAUGAAGAGCCAAUUCAGGCCAAAAUAAUGAAACCUGUUACAGCCGUAGAAAAAAUAGAUUCAACAUCGAUAGAUAAUCAACCCAAGCAAUAUGCUAUUGUUCGUGAUUUACAAUCCUUCACCAAACAAUUGGGUGACCAUGCUUUGUUUGAAUGUCAAGUUACACCUGGUACCAUCAAUGUCCAAUGGCUGAAAGAUAAUGCAAUUCUAUCGGGAACAAAUUAUCGUACCUAUAAAAAAGGUGAUAAUUAUUAUCUUGAACUGAAUAACCUGACCGUUGAUGAUAAUGGCAUCUAUACAUUUGUUGCAUCCGAUUCAAAAACAUCGGUUGCAUCAAGUUCUACGCUGAAUGUUUUGGCGGGUGAUUCUCGGCCAACCAGUCCAGGUGGUUCAUUUCUACCACAUCCACCAAAAUUUAAAGUUAAACUCAAAGAUACAGAUCUUUUGGAAGGUGCAAGUUGUGUACGCUUUGAACUGAUCGUACGCGGACUACCAAUACCAAUGGUGGAAAUUUUCAAAGAUAAUCGAAGACUCGAAAGCAAUGAUCGGGUACAAAUUCUAUUUCAAUCAAAAGAAGUAUUUGAAAUUGUUUUGAAAAAUGUUUGUCAGAAGGAUGCCGGCCUGUAUCGUUGUGUUGCAACCAAUCCGGAAGGUCAAGCCGAAACUUCGGGCCGAAUAACCGUUACCAAAAAUAAAGAUGUUUUUUUCGGUUUAGAUGAAUCAUUACCACCGAUUCCGAUACAACGAGAUCCGCAUAGUCCACGUUGUAUGUCACCAGCAUUUAAAUGGUUUAAAGAUGGUAGAGAAUUUGAAGCAAGUGAACGUUUCCAGGUACAAUUCGAUGAUCAAGAAGAUACGGUGGCAUUGAUAUUUCAACAUGUCACACCGGAUGAUGCUGGCCUUUAUACAUGUGUUGCAUCAACUAGUAGUGGCAAAAUAUCUUGUCAUGCUGAAUUGAAUGUACAAGGCGGUGUUCAGCAUUUACCCAAACCACCCAUAGCACCAAAAUUUCUGAAAGAAUUAUCCAAUAUUCAAGUUUGUAAAGGACAAAAUAUCGCUCUACUUGAAGCACAGGUAAUCGGAUUUCCAAAACCAUCGAUUUCAUGGUAUAAAGAUGAUAAAAAGAUUGAAUCAAAUGAUAAUAAUGAUCAUUACAAAAUGAUGACUGAAGGUGAUGCUAAUGUUACAUUGAUGAUCAAAAAUGUUGAUUCCAAUGAUAUUGGCCAUUAUCGUAUUGAAGCUGAAAAUCAAUUAGGAUUGGUGGAAUCAUCAGCACGAUUAGAUGUGGUCAAAAAACCAGAAUUCACAAAAGCAUUGGAUCAAAUUGUUGUCGAUGAUAAUCAACAAUUGAUCAUUGAACAAAGUUAUGAUUGUCAACCUGAACCGACUCGUAUUCAAUGGCAAAAAGAUGGCCAAGAUUUAGCACAAUCAAAACGAAUUCAAAGUUCAAUCGAUGCUGAUCGACAAAUUGUUCGAUUAGUCAUUGAUAAAGUAACUUCGGAAGAUGCUGGCACUUAUCAAUGUAUGAUUGCCAAUACUAUUGGGUCAGCUAAACAAAAUACACAGGUUUUGAUAAAAUCAUCGGCACCAAAAUUUUUGAGGAAAUUCGAAGCUGUCCAAGUGAAAGAACAUGAAAAAGCUAUUUUUACUGCACAAUAUGAUUCGACAGCCACUGAUGUUCAUAUAGAAUUCUAUAAAAACGAUCAACUUAUUCGAUUGGAUGAACGAAUCAAAUUGGAAAAAGAGAAAGAUGGUCGAUUUUCGUUGAUCAUCAAUGAUACAUCCAAAGAUGAUGAAGGCCGAUAUAAAUGCAAAAUUAAAAAUAAUCAGGGUUCAGAUGAAGCUGAUGCAAAUCUAAUUGUUAUCAAAAAAGAUUCUGUACCGGAAUUUAAAGAAAAACUACAGGAUUUACAAGCUCAGCUCAAUGAUGAAAAUGUACAGCUUGCGGUGAAAGUUGAUGGUCAACCACCACCAUCAGUGCAAUGGUUCCAUGAUGGAAAACCAAUCAAUCAAUCGGAUAAGGAUUUACCAUUCAAAAUUGUUGAUAAAGAUAAUUGCUCAACAUUGAUUAUACCGAAAGUUUUGGCCGAACAUUCGGGCCAAUAUUUAUGUCGUUCGUCAAAUUCACAAGGUCAAGCUGAAACAGCAGCCGAAUUAAUUGUUAAAUCUGCACCUUAUGUUGUUAAACACUUGGAUAAUGUUGAUAUUGGUGAUUUGGGUCAAGAAGUGAAACUGACAGCCAUUAUUAAAGGAAUACCAAAACCAGAUAUCGUAUGGACUUGUAAUGAUACGAAAAUUUUGGGCAAAAAAACUGAAGGAUAUGAUGAAGCUAGUUGUGAAUAUUCAUUAAUUUUGCAUAAAAUUCAAUCAGAUGAUUUGGGUGAAUAUUGUAUUCGAGCCAAAAAUCAUCUUGGUGAAUGUGAAUCAAAAUCACAAGUUCAAUUGGCCACCAAACCAUUGUUCAGUAAAGUAUUGACAAAUAUUAUGGCCAAACCGAUGCAAAGUAAUAUUGAAUUGGUCGUUGAAUUGGAUAAAAAUACCGCUAAAAAACCAUUGAAACUCAAAUGGUUUAAAGAUGAUCAAGAAAUCAAAGAUUCGGACAAAAAUUUCAAAAAAAUUGAUGAUAAAUUAGACAAUUUAUCACAUAAAUUGAUCAUUAUGAAAGCAACCGAAGAAAUGGUUGGCCAUUAUAAAUGUGUUGCAUCCAAUGAUUUUGGUGACACUGAAACAGCUGCCCGUUUUGAUUUGAUAAUACCGCCAAGAUUCAUCAAAGGAUUACAUGAUGUAGAUAUUGCGGAAGGUAACAAUGUAUCGAUGACUAUUCAAUUGGCUGGAUUUCCUCAACCAGAAAUAAAAUUCUAUAAGGAUGGUGAAGAAAUUAGUACAUCCGCUCAUGUUAAAAUACGUAAAGAAAUGGAUGAUAUUUAUCAAUUCGAAAUUGAAAAUAUUCGUAUCAUAAUGAGUGGGCAAUAUGAAUGUCGAAUCAAAAACGAAGCUGGUGAAGCAUCAUCCAGUGGUGUUAUUACUGUUAAUUCUAGGCCACAAUUUUUGAAAAAUCUUACCGAUCAAAUUAUCGAUGUUGGCGAUAAUAUUCAAUUGGAAGUAACCGUAACUGGACAGCCAUCACCACAAAUCAAAUGGUUCAUCAACGGCAAAGAAGCUAAGGGUGAUGAGCGAAUUUUAUUCGAUUCUCGUGAAGAAUCUUAUAGCAUGAAAAUACCUAAUGCAAAAGAAUCGGAUACUGGUGAAUAUUAUUGCAUAGCCAACAAUCAAAUUGGUGAACAAAAAUCCGACAAAGCUGAUGUUAAAGUUAUCAAUAAAAAUUCUGAACCAAAAAUUUCGAAACCGAUUAAAGAUUCAGCCAUUGUCAUUGACGAUAAUGUUCGAUUUGAAACAGUUAUUUCCGGCACGCCAAAACCAGAAAUAAUUUGGACAAAAGAUUCUGUUGCAUUGAAACCAAGCGAUCGAAUUCUAAUCAAAAGUGAUGGUGAUACGCAUACAUUGAUAAUGAAAAAUUGCAAACAACAAGAUUCCGGUCAAAUUGGUUGUCAGGCUAAAAACGCAGCAGGUUCAGUAACGCAGACAGCACAACUUGAAGUUGAAGAACCAACAAUACCUACUAUUGAAGGUUUGGAUGAUAAACGUAUUGUUGUUGAUGGGGAGCCAGUACGAUUUGAAGCGAACAUUUCAGGUUUUCCCAAGCCAAUUGUUGAAUGGUUUCAUGUUGAUGAUGAUCAAUUACAACCGAUUAUUUGGGAUACAGAUAAUAAUCAAUUAGCUGUUGUCUGUGAACCAAAACAAAACAAAUAUGGUUUGGUAUUUGAAUCAUUUCCAUCGAAAAUGUUUGGUGAAUUUGUUUGUCGUGCAACAAACAAUGCCGGAGCGGUUGAGAAAAGAUUUUCGGUUGAAAUUGGUGGGAAAAAACCCACAUUCAUCAAAGAAUUGGAUGAAACGCAAAUUGUCAUGUCGGUAGAUAAACAAAAUAAUCGAAUGAAAUUGGGACAAAGUGCUAUAUUCGAAACAAUUGUCGAUGGCAUCCCCACACCUUCGGUUGAAUGGCUUAAAAAUGAUGAGCCAUUGCGAGCAAAUCCACGUGUAUUGAUCGAAUCAAAUGAUAAUGGGGAACAUAAGCUGGAAGUCAAAACCAUUACCAAAGAUGAUGUUGCGAAAUAUACCUGCAAAGCAGUGAAUAAAUUUGGUGAAGCACAAACAGUUUGUUUGCUGAAAUUUCUGAAUGAACCACAUGAACCAAUCAUUAAAAAGCCACUGGAAGACGUUCAAAUUGAAGAAGGGGAUGAUUUGAAAUUAUUCUGUAAAGUUGACGGUGAACCAAUGCCGGCUGUCCGAUGGAUUAAAGAUGAACAACCAUUGGAAAAAAGUCGGGACGACCGAUUGACAUUAUCAUCCAAUAAGGAUGGUAGUGCACAAUUAGUGAUCGAAAAUGUACAAAAAUCUGAUUCAGGCAAGUUUAUUGUCGAAGCUGAAAAUGCAAAAGGUAUUGCCCGAACAGAAUCCAAAGUCGAGGUUGUUGAUCCACAACGUCCACCAUCAUUCCCGGAACCUUUGAAAGAAUUGAUCCAAGUGGAAACAAAUAAACCAUUGAUUUUAGAAGCAAAAGUUUUUGGAUUACCACCGCCCAAAAUACAAUGGUUAAAAGACGGAAAACCAAUUUCGGAUAAAAGUCCACGAAUACAGAUGAUCCAAUCAGAGGGUAAUGAUGGUAAAUGCCAAUUGAAAAUUGAUCAUAUUAAACCCGAAGAUGCUGGUGUUUACUCAUUGAAAGCCGUCAAUGCUAAUGGCGAAAUGAUGACCAAAGCUAAAGUGGAAGUAACACCUCAACCAUAUGCACCAAGAAUCAUUGAAGAUUUACCCGUGAAAUUGCAAAUCAAAUUGGGUGAACCAAUCAAACUUGAAUCGAAAAUUCAAUCAUAUCCAUUGGCUAAAUUAACAUGGAUGAAAGAUUCAAUACCAUUAUCAUCAUCGGAUGAACGAAUCAAAAUCAAUGAUCAAUUAGGUUGUUUGGCUAUCGACUCGGCUAAACCCGAGGAUCAAGGAACCUAUACAUUGAUAGCAGCUAAUCCAAUUGGAGAAAUAUCUUGUAAAACUCAAAUUGAAAUAUUGCAACCGGUUACGGAAGAACCAACAAUCGUUAAAGACAAAAAAGAUGUUGAACAACUCAAAAAACCUGGACCACAAGAAAUGAUCAUCGCAGAAACAAUGCCAAAUCAACAGAAUGUCGCUCAAGGUGAUGAUAUUCGAUUAUCGAUGAAAUUGUCCGCCGCAAAUGAUUUACCAUCACCGAAAAUUACAGCGGAAAAUGUUCACAUUUAUAAAGAUAAUGUUCCGUUACAGAAGAGUGAUGUUGAGGACAAUUUGAAAAUUAUGGAUUCGGGCGAAAUACAAUUCACCAGACCGAAAUGUUUGGCAGAAGAUAGUGGACUAUAUCGAAUUGAUAUUGAAAUACCUGUUGAUCAACAGCAACGACAAAAUCUAAGCAAUUCUUGUUUGGUCAAUGUUAUUUCUGAUAAAGACCAAGCCGAUAAAGCUAAAGAUGAUGACAAAUCAAAAUAUCCACUCAAAUUCGAACAAGAAUUAUCAUCGGUACAAGUUGAAUCCGGACAACCAUGUCGUUUGCAAUGUUCUAUUGAUUUAGCUGAUGGUUUAAUCAAUGUUAAUGAUUUGACGAUUGGUUGGUUCAAAGAUGGCGAACAAUUGGUGCCGGGUGAACAUCACGGUUUUGUAAAAGAAUCAAGCACCGGUCAUAUUGCUUUACUGAUCGAUUCAUUUGCAAGCAAAGAUGUUGGGGAAUAUCAGGUGAAAAUCACUGAUAAAAAUGGUUCGACAAUUUUCAGUUCUGCCAAAGCUUCACUUAAAGCCACUCAAGCUAAAACGAAACCCGAAAUUAUUGACGGUCUAUCGAAUGCUGAAAUCGAGGAAGGUAGCCAAUUAUGUUUGAAAUGUCAUAUGGCACCUAUUCCAUCCGAUAUGCCUAUUCAAACAAAAUGGUUCGCCAAUGGAAAACAACUGCAAGAAUCGGAUUCAAUAAAAUUUCUCAAUUUUCCUGAUGGAACAAUCAUGCUGCAGAUCAAUAAAAUCGGAUCAUCCGAUUCGGGUCAAUAUAAAGUGAUCAUAUCGAAUCAGAAUGGCGAUGCAACAAGUGAAGCAAAAGUUUCUGUUUUGAAACCAAAACCAACAGCCACAAAACCUACGAUACGUAAAGGUUUAGAAUCGACAACAUUGAUAGCUGGUGAAACGGGUGUCAUUGAAUUUCAAGUGGAAUGUGGUGGUGCAACUGAUAUCGAUAGUGGUGAUAUCAAAUUUUUGCUUGGAUCACAAUUGAUUACACCGGAUGACCGUAUCCAUAUACAACGUUUACCUGAUGGUAUUAUUCGACUUAAAUUCGAUAAAGUUAAAUUAGCUGAUCAAGGCCAAUAUACGGCUAUAUUCAAAAACGAUGCGGGUUCAAUUGAAACUGGCUGUCCGGUGAUUGUCAAAUCGAAACCCGUGAUCAUCAGUCCAUUGGAAGAUAUGGCUGUAAAAGAAAAAUGUUCAAUCAAAUUUGAAGUGAAAAUUGAAGCCAAUCCUGAUCCGGAUGUUGUUUGGAUGCGUAAUGGAUCGAAAAUUCAAAUCGAUGGUAAACAUUAUCUGGCUGGUGGCAAAACAAGCGACAAUAUUUAUACAUUGACUAUCAAUGAUUGUAUCCACCGCGAUAAAGCUGAAUAUAGUGUUAAAGCAACCAAUGAACUUGGUACGGCUACAUCUAAAGCUCAUCUGGAUGUUCUUUAUGCAAGUGAAUUUGAAGAAUGUCCACCUGCAUUCACUGAACAAUUGCAUGAUAUAAGUGCGGGUAAAGGUGAUACUGUGCAGCUUAUGGCUAAAGUUAAAGCACAUCCAGUUCCCAAAAUCGUAUGGAAAAAAGAUGGACAAGAAUUGCCGUUAUCAUCGGAUAAAGUAUUCGCUUCGUUCAAUGGUGAAGAUUUGGAAUUGACAAUAAUGAAUUUCGAUAAAUCAGAUGUUGGUAUCUAUGAAGUUUGUGUGGGCAAUUCAUUGGGUCAGGCUAGUUCGACGGCUCGUGUUGUUGAACAUUCGAUGACCAAACCGCAGUUUGUUCGAAAAUUAUCCGAUAUUGAAGCCAGAUUAGGCUCGGAAACCAAACUAACAUGCCGUGUUGAAGGGUAUCCAAAAGCUGAUAUCGAAUGGACAUUUAAUGGCCGUCCCAUUGAAUCAGGUUCAAAAUAUUCAAUUCAACGAGAUGAUCGUAAUGGCGAACAAACACUGAUCAUAUUUGAACCAUGUUUAGCUGAUUCUGGUAUCUAUCAGUGUACAGCUACCAAUCAAAUUGGAUCCGAUCAAACAUCAUCCAAUGUUUUAUUUGGUGAAAAAUCCGGUGAAGCUGCACAUUUCAUCACUAAACUGCAAGACUGUGAUUGUUUGGCAGGAUCGACAGCUCGUUUUACGGCUUGUGUUGUCGGCAAUCCGAUGCCCGAAUUCAAAUGGUUCAAAGAUGAUAAAGAAAUUGAAAUUGAUGGUCGAAAAUAUUCCUUCGAAUCGAAUCCAAAUGGAAUGAUAACAUUCGAAAUUCACAAUAUCGAUGAUAAAGAUAUUGGCCGAUAUCGAUGCAUGGCUAGCAAUAAAUUUGGUUGCGAUAAUUCGGUUGGACAGUUGAAUUUUGAGACGAAUGUUGUUGAUGAUCAAAUAGAUCGAAUGAAGCCUGCACAUAAAUCCAUGAAAAGUGUACAACGAAUCAAGGAUGCUGGUUCGGAUGAAUUGUCAUUUGGAUUAUCGGGACAACCAAAACCAUUAUCGGAUGCUCCAAUAAUAACGAAAAUGAUUGAUAAUAGUUUGACAUUGUUAUGGUUUCCAUCCAUACCUGAACAGCCUAGAUUUCCUGUAUCAUAUGUAGUGGAAUUUGCCAAAAUAUCCGACGGUAUUUGGACUGUUUGUCAUGGCAAUAUUAAGGAUUGUAAGUGUGAUGUUGUUGGUCUUGAAUCUUUUGAAGAUUAUGGUUUUCGUGUUCGGGUUGAAAACAAAUUCGGUUUAAGCGAUCCAUCACCUACGGUAACAGCAUUUCGAUCACAGUUAAAAGAUCAUGAUGCACAUGAACAUGCCAUGAAAGCGACAAAGAAACCGGAUGAUUAUUAUCUGCAGCAUCGACCACCAGAAAAAGUUGCUGCUGCACCGACGUUUGUUCGUGAUGAGCAUGAAUCAAUGUUCGGCGUGAUUGGACAACCAGUCACCAUUGAAUUCUGGGUCUAUGGAUAUCCUGAGCCGGAGAUAACCUGGUUUUUCGGUGAUCAUAAGAUUGAUAGCAAUGAUCAACGAUUUAGCUUCAUGAAAGAUCGAAAUGGUAAAACAUGUUUGUUCAUUAAUCGAAUGACCGAUUCCGAUGAAGGAUAUUAUACAUGCUUGGCUAAAAAUGAACACGGCGAACAAAAGAAAACCAUUAAAGUUAUCAAAGCAGAUGCACCAAAAUUUACAAAACUAUUGGAUGAAACUGAAGGGUUGGCACGAAAUCAUAUUCGUCUUUCAUGUUCGGUGAUAAGUUCACCACAAGCAACAAUAAAAUGGUUUAAAGAUUAUCAACCAUUGCAUGAUACAAGUCGACUGAAUAUUAUUGGUGAUUCAGAUAAUCUGUCGCUUGUCAUCAAUGAUGCGAUGGUUCGGGACAGUGGUUUGUAUUCAUGCACAGCAACCAAUCUGGCUGGAUCGACAACAACUUCGGCUUAUGUAACCGUACGUGAUCAACCAAUCAGUUAUGAUAAAUAUCCAUUCAGCUAUAAAGAUCACAUUAAACCGAAAAAUAAACCAAUGGAACAAUUAUAUGAUAUUGGUGAUGAAUUAGGACGUGGCACACAAGGUAUUACCUAUCAUACUGUUGAACGUUCAACCGGCAAAAGUUAUGCAGCAAAAAUGAUGUAUGGAACUGGUGAAACACGGCAAUAUAUGAAUUCAGAAUUAGAUAUUAUGAAUCAAUUGGGCUCACAUGAAUAUCUUGUACAAUUGCAUGAUUGUUUUGCAAGUACACCCUAUUCCAUGUCAUUGAUAACAUCGAUGAAUGGUGGCGGAACAUUGAUGGAUUUCGUUCUACGAAAAGGUCAGAUCAACGAACAAGAAGUUGCUGAAUAUAUUCGACAAAUUCUGGAAGGACUACAUUAUAUGCAUUUCAAAAAUAUCGGCCAUCUUGGACUUACUAUUAAUGAUAUUCUUAUGCAACGAAUCGAUGGUCCAGAUAUAACGAUAUGUGAUUUUGGUUUGGCACAACGUUUAACACCCGGUGCAUCGGUUUAUGUUGAAUUCGGACAACCAGAAUUUAUAUCACCAGAAAUUGUGGAUAAAAAUUCCGUCACAUUAACUACGGAUGUUUGGUCAGCCGGUAUUGUUGCACACAUUUUAUUGACCGGUAUAUCACCAUUUUUAGGUGAAAAUGAUCGUUCAACAAUGCAUAAUAUUCUAAACAAAAAUCUCGAUUUAUCUGAUGAUAAACUUGGUCAUAUUUCGGAACAAGGUCGCGAUUUCCUUAGAAAAACAUUGAAUUUCAAUCCGAAUGAACGCUUGGAUGUGAAAGCAGCAUUGAAUCAUCCAUGGAUAAAAUCGAAUUUACAUUCACAGCACAAAUCUAAUCUUGAUAUAAUGGAUAAAUUACGUAAUUAUAAAAGUCAAUCCGAUAAAUGGUAUCAGAAUGCAUCAUGUCGUCGUUAUUACCGUCGUCGUCCAUUACAUUCAUGUUAUACACAUCCAAGUCGAAUGAUUUAUCCACCCGGUGAACAAUAUAGUCCGCUAGUAUCACCUGAAAGAGAAAUGAAAAGAUUCCAACGAAACGUUGCACCAUUCGAUAAUGUUUAUCCGCCUAAUCAAACAUUCGGUGCGGAAAAUUUUCAAUCCGAAAGUCAUUAUCAAUGUGGUCCAGAUACUUAUCUAUUACAACUACGUGACACAGAUUUCCCGGCCCGUAUUCGUCGAUAUUUGAAAAUUGCUGCUGCCAAUAGUCCAUCGAUGGUAUCGAAUCUACAGCAAGCAUAUUGGAGUCGAACAUCCAAUGUACCAUGUGGAACAUUUUCGCAACCAUCGAUUAAAGAACGUCGAAAAUUCACCGAUAUUAUGGAUGAAGAAAUUAAUGAUGAAAUUCGUGGUAAACCUGGCCGAAAACCAAGACGAUUGGCACAUGAAGUUGGAACACCAUUAUAUUUACACGGCCAAUUGAAAACAUUGAAAAAAGAAGCCGGAAUUGCGAAACAAUCGAUACAAUCGAUUGAUGAAUCAAAUUUUGUGAUGCCAUUUUUUCGUGAAAAACUGCAAGAUCAACCAUUUCAGGAUGAAGGCAGAGUCGUAUUGGAAUGUUUGGCUAUUGGUGUGCCAACGCCAACAUAUACAUGGUUUCGUAAUGAUUCGAUUAUAAUCGAAACGAAUCGAACCAAAGUUAAACGAUUGGAUGAUGGUCGUUGUCAAUUGAUUUUGGAUCCUGCCAGACAAUAUGAUUGUGGCGUUUAUAGGUGUGUUGCAAGAAAUACCCUAGGUUCUGUAAUGUGCAGAGCACGUCUAUCACUUGGUGAUGUUCCAAACAAUGUCAACGCUCCUACCAUCAAGGACUAUUCCAGUCAUGAUAUCCUUCUACAAUGGUCAACACCAAAACACAUAGCCGAUGCUCAUAUUGAAUCAUAUCGAUUAGAAUCGAAAAAGUCAUCCACAACCGAAUGGUCGAUUGUGGAUGACAAUAUCCAUCAGGAAUUUUAUCUGGUUACCGGGUUGGAACCAAACCAAUCAUAUCAAUUUCGAUUAUUAGCAAGGAAUAAAUUUGGCUGCAGUGAUCCAAGUCCACCAAGUCAACCUAUCCAAACAUUAUCUGAUGACACCGAUAAACGAAUUAGUUUGCCACUGGCAAUGCAAUUUGUAUGCAAUGAUAAUCUAGAAACCACCAUCAAGCCAAUCGAUUAUAAUCAAGAAAUGAACCCAAUACAAUUGAUUAAAUCAGAAUUCAAAGAAUUAUAUGAUUUCAAAUCUAUAAUCGCUACGGGAAAAUUUGCCGUAAUAGCACGUGGUUAUAUUAAAGAUGGAAGUCGACAAACAUUGGCCAUAAAAUGUAUAUUGGUUCAAAGUGAAAUUGAAUCAGCAAUUUCACAGGAAUUUGAAAUUCAUCGAUCAUUAGCACACGAACAUAUUGCACGAUUAAUGUAUGCUAAUCGUGAUGGUAAUCUUUUUACAUUGGCCAUUGAACUUUGCUCAGGUUUAAAUGUUUUGACUUGCAUUUGUCGUCGACAAUCAUAUAAUGAGCAACAUAUUGCACGAAUUUUAUGUCAAAUAUUGGAUGCAAUACAAUAUUUACAUUUCCGUAAUAUUGCCCUAUUGGAAUUACAACCCGAUAAUGUGCUCAUUGUUAAUGAACAAAAUCUACAGAUCAAAUUGACAGAUUUCGCUUCGGCAAGAUAUGUUUCAAAUGAUAAUCGUGAUAAUCAAAGUCAAAAUAUUAAUCUACAUGCUAAUCCCGAAUAUAUCGCACCCGAAUUGAUUCGAAAUGAGAAUAUAAUAUUGCCGUAUACGGAUGUUUGGUCAGUUGCUGUUUUAGCAUAUAUUUUAUUAAGUGGUCAUUCACCAUUCAAAGGCAAUGAUGCGAAAGAAACGGCCGAAAAUGUUGUUUUUGUUCGCUAUCUUUUCGAACGUCUUUAUCCACGUGUUACACAAGAAGCUAUCAGAUUUUUAUUAUCCGUUUUUAAAUUAACACCACACAAACGACCUACAAUUGACGAAUGUUAUGAAAAUAAAUGGUUACUACCGAAUGAAUUUAUGAUGAAAAAACGUGAAUCAGCCGAAUUCGAUACCAAACAGAUACAGAUAUUCACCGAGCAAUUUUCGAAUGAAAAAUCGCAAUCAAAACAUUCACGUUUACUUGAUCUGAUUGGAUUAAAUUCAAACGAAUGAAUUUGAUCAAUAUUUGUUAUUUUUUUCUUCGUUUUGUUUUGUUUUGUACAAAACCUUUAUCCUCACACUCACUCACUCACUCACACACAACUCUAAUCAUAUUUAGUUUGAAUAAUAAUAUUUUAUAGUCGAAAACCAAACAACAGAAAAACAAAUGAUGAUGAUGAAUGUCAUGAAUUUUAUUUAUUAUUUAUACACCACCAUCACAA